AUGAAGGUGUGCAGUAAGCGGUCUGUACUUGCAGGUGUGAAAAAUAGUUUAUCAAGUUUGAGACGUAUGAGCAGCUUACAGCGGUUCCCAUUUGAGACGCAAAAUGGCGAGCAUUAUUGGGCGGCUAAAGAUAAUAGGAGCUAUCAGUCUGCGAGGGCAGGAUUCAAAGGCGCCACAUUCGCGCACCAAGCGGAUUUACCAUCUUUGGUGGUGCCCGAACUGAACCAAACAAUGGCAAAGUAUCUCGAGUCUAUCAAGCCUUUCUGUAAGGACGCGUCGGAGUACUAUAAACAGGAGCUGUUGGUCAGGGAUUUCCUGGGCAACAUGGGGCCUGUUCUGCAUCAGCGGCUCGUCAAGUUUUCGGAAGGCAAGAGAAAUUGGAUGUCGGAGUUUUGGGACAACCAGUCGUACUUGGAGUACAACGACCCUGUAGUUCCGUAUGUGUCUUAUUUCUACACCCAUCAGAGGCUGCCAAAAUCGCACAAGCGGAUCGAUGCAGAUCCGCUGUUGAAGGCUACCGCAAUUAUAGUCACAGCUAGUAGAUUCAUCGAGGCGCUGAAGGACCAAUCUUUACCGCAGGAACUGAUUAAGGGGACGCCCUUUUGUAUGAACAGCUUUGAGUUGAUGUUUAACAGUUGUCGAUUACCGGGCAAUGCCGAGGACAAUCGCGAUACAAGUAUUUUCUAUUCGAUCUAUGAAAAUAACUUCAUCAUUGUGUCUUUCAAAGGUAAUUACUACAAAGUUCUGACACAUAAUGAGAGUGACGGUACUCCUUUAAACCCACGUGAAAUCUGGGAACAGCUAUAUUUCAUCGUUAGUGGCUUGAACUCUCAGUUGCAAUCUGACACCAAUGCUGGUAUCGGAUUGUUAACGAGUCUGCCACGUGACCAAUGGAGAAAAGUGCAUCACGAAUUAGCAAAGAACCCAUUGUCUAAGGAUUCCCUGUCGACAAUCCACAAGGCCUCGUAUUUAUUAGCACUGGAUUUAGAUGAUCAACCGAUAAGCCUGGAGGAAAAAUCAAGAAAUGCGUGGCACGGUGAUGGCAUCAAUAGAUUUUUCGAUAAGUUUGUACAGUUCUUUGUUUGUGGUAAUGGCAGUUCAGGAUUCUUGGGUGAACACUCGAAGAUGGAUGGUACCCCGACAUGCUUUUUAAACCACUACAUUUGCAAAGAAAUUUCAAAUUUGGCACCAACAGAAUUCAUUGAUAACGUAUUCAAUAGACAGAAAAGUUCAGUCUUGCCUGCAAAAGAUGUUACUCAUUUACCAUUCUUGAUAACGCCGUUUAUUAAAGGUUGGAUUGAAAAAGCUAAUGAAUUAUUUGCUGAAACAAUGGAUGAACACGAUUUGAGGGUGUGGCAUUAUAAUAGGUAUGGCAAGAAUUUCAUCAAAAAACAAGGUAUGUCACCAGAUGCAUUCAUCCAACAAAUAAUUCAAUUGGCAGUUUAUAGAUACUUGGGUAAACAGUUACCAACUUAUGAGGCAGCAUCAACAAGAAAGUUUUUCAAAGGUCGCACUGAAACUGGUAGAUCGGUAUCAAUUCCAUCAGCGAAGUUUGUUUCAACUUGGGAAGACCCAUCAGCGACAAUUUCAGAGAAAAUUGACGUUUUGAAAAAAUCAGCUAAAUACCACUCCGAUUAUUUGAAAGCAGCUGCAGCAGGUAAUGGUAUUGACCGACAUUUCUUUGGUAUGAAAAAUAUGUUACAGAAUUCUGAUGAGACUCCGAAAUUAUUUCAAGAUCCACUUUUUAAUUAUUCAUCGACAUGGUUAAUUUCAACUUCACAACUGUCAUCUGAGUUCUUUAGUGGUUAUGGCUGGUCCCAAGUUAAUGACAAUGGAUUUGGUCUGGCUUAUAUGCUGAAUAAUGAGUGGUUGCAUAUUAAUAUCGUUAACAAACCUAUGAAAAGUGGGCUGUCGGUAAACAGCAUGCACUAUUACUUGUGUGAAGCAGCGGAUGAAAUCGCGGAUACUUUAAUAUCAUCUGCAGAACCUUUGAAAUCGAAACUAUGA